AUGAGUGAUGCUGCCGGCGGCGCCCGGAGCCACCGCGGCUCCUCCGGCGGCCCCGGCGGCGGGCGGCCCCGCAGCGCCGAGCCGGCGCCCCCCGGCGGGGCGGCGGGCGGGGGCCGCCCGGGGCCCGGCGCCCCCGGGGGCGGCUCGCCGGCGGGCGAGGGGGCGGCGGCUCGGCCCGCCGCGCUGCUGCGCUGGGACGAGGUGCCCGACGACUUCGUGGAGUGCUUCAUCCUGUCGGGCUACCGGCGGCUGCACUGCUCGGCGCAGGAGUGCCUCGCCUCCGUGCUGCAGCCCACCAACGAGACGCUCAACUUCUGGACACACUUCAUCCCGCUGUUGCUCUUCCUCAGCCGCUUCUGCCGCCUGCUGCUGCUGCGGGGCGCCGGGGACGUGCCCUUCCACCACCCGGCCCUGCUGCCCCUCUGGUGCUACGCCUCGGGGGUGCUGCUCACCUUCGCCAUGAGCUGCACAGCCCACGUCUUCAGCUGCCUCUCCCCACGCCUCCGCGCCGCCUUCUUCUACCUGGACUACGCCUCCAUCAGCUACUACGGCUUCGCCAGCACCGUGGCCUAUUCCUACUACCUGCUGCCUGGGCUGAGCCUGCUGGACGCCGGCGCCAUGAGCCGCUACGUGCAGCAGCAGCUGGGCUGGCAGCUGGACUGCAGCCUGCCCAUCGCGGCGUACCGCGCCCUGGUGCUGCCCGUGGCGCUGGCGCUGGCGGUGGGCUGCACGGCCGCCUGCUGCCGCAGCCGCGCCGCCUGCUGCGCCUACCCCUUCGCCGUGCGCACCUUCGUCUUCGCCAUGCCGCUCAGCAUGGCCUGCCCCAUCAUGCUGGAGAGCCUCCUCUUCGACCUGCGCGCCCGCAAUCCCACGCUCUUCGUCUACUUCUACCGGCGCUACUGUUGGCUGCUGGUGGCCGCCUUCUUCAACGUCAGCAAGAUCCCCGAGCGGAUCCAGCCGGGCCUCUUUGACAUCGUGGGGCACAGCCACCAGCUCUUCCACAUCUUCACCUUCCUCAGCAUCUACGACCAGGUGCACUACGUGGAGGACGGGCUGGCCGCGUUCCUCAAGGCGCCCCCGGCCGCCCCCACCUACCUGGGCACCGUGGGCUACAUGCUGCUCCUGAUGCUCUGCCUGGCCAUGGUGGUCCGCAGGUUCCUCAACAUCACAGACCUCUGCAAGCAGGACUAGCCGGGCCAGCAACCCUCAGGCCAGUGACCCUCAGCCUGGCCCUACCACAUCUUGGAAAUGCUGCGAAACCAGGAGCAAACACACCUGUGGAAGAGCCCCGUCCCUUUUGUGGAGGCAAUGCGACCGUGGAGGAACUGCUCGUACUCUUUACUAGGCUACCAGGGGGAGCAAGCAAACUGGUACGUUGCUGCUUUGGGUAUAAGCUGAAAUAAUUUAGCUCUGCUACUAGGAAGACUGCAUGGACUGUGAAUGCCACUUACUAAUUUCAGAACAAUUAGGUUUAAAUUAGCUCUGCGUGCAUGUGUAUAUAUAUAUAUACUUACAGCUAUAUAUUUAUUAGCUAUACAAAUAUAUAUAUAUAUAUAUAUACAUGAAGACACACUUGUGCAAUGAUUACUCAUAGACUUUUAAUCAAUUCCUGUGUGAAAUUUCCUGGCGGAUUAUGCACUGACAUUCAUCUUCUUCUGUGAUACUGUAACAGGCCUUUACAGUCACAUACUGGAUUUUAAAUGCACACAAAUUGACAGCUGUGUAUAGUUUUUAAGGUCUUGUAGCCUUUUCAGCCAGGGAACAUUAUAGAUUUUACAGAGAGAGAAGGUAAAAACAGCUGUGAAUUAUGACGGAAUUAUCCGUUCGGGGAGACGCCGUAAUCAGGCAGCGGUGAAGCUUGAGUGGUCGGUGUAGCCACUCAGGUACCAAAAGAAAACACAAGGAUCUGCAAACCCUCUGAAGCAGACGGGUCAGACUAGUGCGGGGUGCGAGGGGAUAAGGGCACUGCUUAACGGCACGGCUCCUCCCGCAGCAUCUCAGAAACGUCUGGGCGGGCAUGGGCAACGGGUAGCGAAGGGGUCCCGUUAUCUCCGCCGGAGUGUCACCGCAGCCCCGCUCCCAGAGCGCUCAGUCCGACGCCAGAUUCUCUGUCAGCCCUGGCAAGCUCAGCAGGGCUCCUGCGGGUGGAGAGACAGUGACUGAUCCCUGAGAGCUCACCUGGGUCUUUAAGGGACCGUAUGGGAGUGAUUUCCGCCACCAGCUUGCACCGUCCUGCAGGUGACUGCGGAGCAGGGUCCUGCUGAGGGAGCGCGGCGGGCAGAGCCUGGCCCUAGGGGUACGGCGUGCUGGCACUUCGCCUCCUUCUCGGCCUUCGCCUGUCCUGAUCAGCCCUGGCUGCAGCCGGGUGCCUUCAAGUCCUCUCUCAGCAGGUUUGGGGGGUGUCAAAGAGAAGAAUUAUGAGAUAUUUUCCAAAGCAGUAUCUUUCUCACAUGACAAACCGCUCACUGCAGACUUACCUUACUCCUCGUACUAAGAGAAACUUCUGUAAACCAUAUGCAGAUUUUAAACAGGUGCAUUUUGAUUUUGUCUGACAGGCAUGCAAUAAUAUUACACAAGGGGAUUACAACUUGGAGUUCGGGGGAGGGACUGCUUGUGGAUCCCGUUCUCAAAACCAAGGGUGGUACUUCCUUCGGGAGCUCUGUGUCAUACCACACAGCAACUCAGCGGCUCUUUAACUCUGCCUGUUUGUCCCUGUUGUGGAAAUACAUUUCCACUUGUAUCUUUCCCAUUUUCAUGGAUGCAGCAUCUAACUCCAAAUAAAUAUUUUGGGUCCAGUUCCAUAGUCUUUUGUAAGAGAAAGCCCACCUCCUUUUAAUAGGAAUAUGGGAAGGAUUAUAGCUAGGGCUUACAAGGUCAUGUCCUUAAUAUGGGUCAGAAUCACCACAGAAACUGAUAAUUGAUGCAUCCUGUACCAAUGCCAGAUCUGGCAUCUGGCAUCUAAAGAAAAUUAGACCCACUUCAUUUUAUCUUUUGUCUCAACCCAUUUUAACUAUAAUGGUUGGGACCUUGCAGAUUCUCAGCCAAUAAUGAGAAUGGCCUAACAGAAACACGUAUUCUUUGCCAGCCACAAUGCUGCUAAUUCAUCAUUUGUGGCAGGGUCAUUUACGGUCUCCUGAAGAGACUGGUUAAAAUUGCAAAAAUAGCUGGUCCCAAACUGUGGUCUCUGAGUUAGCACUGACGGUCCACGAAAAACAGUGUGGCCCUGUGUCUGUGCUUUGUUUGUGUUUGCUGAUCUUCACUAAAAGAAAAUGAAACUGUACAUUACUUAUUUUCAUUAACUUUUGAUAUAAUUACGGCAUUGCUUUACUUAGCUGCCAAGAAAGCAGAAAAUGAUCUGCAAAUCUAGGAAAGGAAGUUGGUUCAUGAGACUGUCAUUCACUGAAAUUUGCUUUAUAUUGCGAGAAAAAGCUGGAAACUCACAUUACAAAACAAAUGGAUCAAGACAUGCAAGCAUUUCAUGCCAUGAAUUUCCCCAGCUUCAAACAGAGGCCCAGAUUUCUGAGAGGUGCUGUGUUCAAGUUAAAAUAAUAGAAGCAUAAUAGUUAGAGCCUAAUGACCCAUCCAAAUUUCAAAAAACUAAUUAUUUAGAAAUGAUUUGCUUUGGAGAUACCACUAGCAUGUCCAGCCAGCAAUUAAGAAUUAAGAGAGAAAUCAAAAAAGCUGGGGACAGCAAUUCUCAGCACUGGAAGACUGCUAAGAAACAAGUAACAGUAAAAGCCAAAUGUAAAAAAGGCCUUUAAAAAUACUGUACAAAGAAUUAUAUUUGUGCUUGUCAGUCACAAUGCAGAGACAUCCCAAGAGGCAAUGUCAAAAAGGCUGUAGCUAACUUGUAAAAAUACACUUGAUAUUUGCAGUUAGGCCACACCGGGUCGUCUAUAUAUAUCUCAAUUACAGAUAACAGUGUAAAGGUUGGAUUGCAACCAACUGCAAUUUUACUGGAAUCUUACUGCUGUUAGUAAGGGUUGCCUGUGAGCCUCAGUCAUGCUGCAGAUUUGGUACCAGGAUGUGGUAUUAAGAAUAUUGCUUCAUUUUAAAUGUUUCCAUUUGGCAAAACGUUGAGGUGUAUGUAUCAGCCUGAGCACUUUGUGGAAUUAUGUGUAAAUGCUGGUUGCAAGCGCUGCUCUCUGAGCCACUGUAAGCAGGCUGUAUGCAUCAGGAGUGAAUGGGUGCAGGGAGAUAUGAUUAGUUCUUAGGAGUUCUUAUUAAUGUAUGCUUGUCUGUUUGUUUAAAAUGUGGCUACAAAUUAAAAAGUUACAAUGAGUGUGGAGAAUACCUGGGGAAAUGCUACUUGAGUGUCUGUAUUUAUUCAGUGACGGAUGUGUACGUAGACAGUUGUUCCAUAUGCCAUGUUCAAUAGCCAGUCUUAUAAAUAUAGACAGAACAAAGCUCAGUUAAAGAGGUUAAAAGUGGAACAAGACAUAUAUAAUUAUAGUGCUUGAACUUGCUCUUGUAGAAGUGAAUGUCAGCAUUUGUGGCUUGUAAGGGAGCAGGUCCCUUUUCUCGUUUGAAAGUACACAUGGAUGAACAUUCACAAGCACGUCCAGAGCUUAGACAGGAGGUCUGAACUGCACUGAACUGCAGAAGAGACACAUAAGGAAAUCUAGAAAACAAGCUUUUUGCAUGAGUACCUGCCAUAAUAUUUUUAUUACCCGGAUACUUGCCAUGAGGUCUACACUGUGGUUAGGGAAGAGAUGAUUAUAUAGCUCGGCUGGAAAAAGAAAAAGGCUUUUCAGCCUUUUUUGGGUCAACUCUGGGAUAGGGGUGGUAUGAGAGGUGGAGCAAAAGGGAAUGGCCUGGAAUUUGUAUGUGUUUUUGACCUUCAGACUGACAUACCUAUGCCAGUGUGAACCGGCUGAUGGGGCUAGCUUGCAGUGCUGGUGACACUGGGGACACUGACACUCCCCUCUGCAGUCAGCGUGUGCCUACAAUUGCAGCCUACACAUUGGCGUAUAAUGAAUACUCCGAGGCUCCGGUCGCUUUGCAGUAACCUGUCGGCUUCGAGCUCGUCUUUGUGUAGGAGCGAUGUACCUGGUCUGUAGUAAUUACCCCGUGCUCCAUGGUAGCACACUAGUUCUUCUUCUGCAGUGUACCCAUUUGAAUGUUACUAGCCAGGACAUCUGUGCAGCUCUGAGCUGUUCUGGUAGCAAGAGCAGAGUCUGCAGUCUGGAAACAAAGGAAGAGUUUCAAUCUGCAUGCUGCAAUUGUAGAAAUUUAGCAGUUAAACUAGAAACACUUGUUGCUUUUUGCUAAUAUGAUAGUUUUGCUUAGUUGUUCAAGUGUCAUGCUUAUUAUUUCUUUGCUGAAUCCAGCUACUAUGUUGUGUUUUUGUCAACAGUGCCCCUGCAGAAAAUGAGAGUCUGAAAGUUUUACUUUAUGUAAACUCUCUGAGGCAGCACAUCCAUAAGGUAUUAUUGCACUUAACUCAUUUGAUUACCAUCCACAUGCCUUACAGAAGCAAGUCAUACCUGUAGUAACUGCCCGCAUUAUACCGGUUUUCGUUGCCUGUGGGAGUCAAAAUGACCAAGUGGCUUGUAAGAAGCUGAGGAGUCAGGCACUCCUGGGAUCUAAUCCCUGCUUUGCCACUACCUGUUCUGUGAUCUAGGGCAAGUUGUUUAAACUGUGUUCACUCAGAAUGAACUUGAUUCAUGGAAAUCACUGGAAUUGUAUCAGGGUCAAAUCUGACCCUCUGUAUUUCAGUUUCCUCAUCUGUAAAAUGGGGAGAAUAUACCUUACCUACCUCGCAGGGUUGCUCUAAAGAUUAGCUAAUGUUCGUGAAGCACUUAAAAAUGCAAAGACCCUUCUAGGUGCUAAGAAGUAUUACUGAACUGCGGCAGAGAGAAUGUCAUAUUUUCCAUAGCUCCUCAUCUCCUAGAGAGAGGAACACGAAUGUUUCUAGAUUAAGAAAUCUUGGGACAAACCCUCGUCUGUCACACUCAGAAGGUUCAUGUCCUGCAUCUUUGAAGUCAACGGCAACAGCUCCACUGGCUUCGGGAGAGGGCACUCAAGUCCUAAACAGUAGUAAACAGGCUGACUAAAUGCACAAGUGUCAGGAGUAAAGAGAAGACACACAGGAGUCUUAAGUACUUUUUGGAAAUUGUCACGGGUGGUUUGUUUGCACCCAAAGGCGUUGUAGCCCUGACGGGAGGCCUGGUUGUUCCGUUAGCCAUGGACUGUACUUACAGCUACUGUAACACCACGGAGCAACAUUUCCCGUCAGUGUUUGUAAGACUAGGAUUAUGUCUCAACUGCCACUGUGAACAUCUUAUCAGAGUGAAAAGACCUUAAAUAAACCAGGCUUUUAAAUAAAUAUGUGUAAUCACAUUUGGGAACAUAAACUUAGAUUGAUCAGACAACCAACCUUCUCUUUUCCCCUUUGACUUCCCAAAACCAACAAUGUUGAGCCAAUCCUGUUUCUCAGUGAAAACUGAACUUAGCUCUUUUCAUCACGUGUACGCUUCCUUUGCCGUGGAGCCCUGACCAGUCCUCCUGUUAACCCACUCUGCCCCUCUCCUGCAGCAACUGGUAUCAACAGCACCACUAAGUAGACAGCAAUGCUUUUAAGAGCUUUUCUAACUGGCAUCACUAGUAGAGCCAAAAAAAGAAGAAGACAUGAAAGGGUUUGAGCAAUUCAUUAAGUCGAAGCCUCUAACCAUUAGAAAUUCUUCCUGUCCAAAUACAUUCCUAGCUUCUGUUACACACCCAUAAGUCAGGGAUGCACAACUUCUAUCACCCAACUUACAGCAGAGACUUUACCCUCUUCUGCUCAGGUGAGAUGGAAGAUGCAGAGAUGUCACAUACACUGUCAGAUACAGACCUCUAUUCAAAACAUUUCAAGUGAAAAAAAAUUAUUUUCUCAACUUGUUUAGUCAGAGGCUGCGUCAUUCCAUUGAAUUCAGUAACAAAUUAAUGACUGAUUAAAUGGAAGCAGCCUUUUGCUCAAAAAACCUCUAUAAGGAAACACCACCAGGAGACUUCUGCUUUCAGGGCAAUUGCUUCAUGGCUGGUCACAUGCAGAAUCCAGAGGCUCCUUAUGUCGGGCUUCGCUGUUGCAGGUGAAUGCCUCACGAUUUGCAGUUGUAGCUGGGGGUUAACAAUAUGGAGAAAUAAAUAAUUUACAGCAAGUCAAAUUUUUCCGUCUGCUAGAGAUUCAAGCACGUGUUAGUAAGAGGUAUCACAUUUAAGGGUCUGUGCAUGCAAUGAACAAAAAGCGUGAAUUUUGUUUGUUUCUGUUGGGAUUUUAUGGAAUUUACUCUUUGUAAACUUUUGGAUGCUGACUAAUGUAUAUGUAAUGACUAUGCAUUUUUAGCAAAAAAGGUGUGAGCUAUAAAUAAAGUUGUUUCUGAGUUCA